GUGUGUCUCAAGUCCGACAUAAGCCACUGAGCCUCUCCGCACACACUCACACAGUCUCUCUCUUUCUCUCCCCACAUUCCACAGUCCCAACAGUGGAGAGAGAAAUGAUGAGAUGAGAUGAGAUGAGAUGAGACAGAUUAGAGAUACAGACACUGCCAUUACUGACGUCUACGGUUUCCUCUUCUUCCAACUAGCUCACAGCCAAAAAGCAACGAACACAACAAAGUGAAGCAUACCUCCGUUUCUCCCUUUUGUCCCCAUUCUCGCCUCCGUACUCAUCCUCAAAGUGUCCGUUUUCUUCUUCCAUAGCUUCAUCCUCUGUCUCUCAUACUUCUGUUUUGGGUAAUUGAGAUCAGCAGUCAAAGAAAUGGAUGGAAAUCAUCAAAUGGAGGUGCAUUACAUGAAUACUUUUGGCUAUCCUUAUAAUGCUUCAGACAGUUUUGUGGACUUUUUUGGAGGUCUUCCACAAGCCCCUUUACCUUAUGUUCACCCUCCUCCACCAAUGCCUCAUGAUCAUCAGGAAUCUGCAUAUUGGUCAAUGAAUAUGAAUUCUUACAGAUUUGGGUUAUCUGGCCCAGAAAAUGCUCCCUAUUAUAGCCCUUACAUUGUAAAUGAUGACUUUAUGAGGAUGGACUACAACCGGAGACCAUGGGAUUAUCCUUCUGUUAUGAAUAUACAAGAACCGCCAGUUGUAGAAAUGCCUUCGGAAGAGAUCCAAGCCCCCAGUAUGGAGGCAAACCCAACGCCCAGUAUGGAGGCCAUCCCAGAAGAAUCUCAAACCUCUGCAGACAACAUUAAUCAGCAAGAUUCUGGUGGUACUCAGGCUGUUUGGGAAGAUAAUAUUGAUCCUGACAACAUGACUUAUGAGGAAUUACUUGAGUUGGGCGAAGCAGUGGGGACUGAAAACCGGGGACUUUCACAAGAACUUAUUGAUUUACUUCCGACCUCAAAGUACAAAUCUGGGGGAAUUUUCUCCAAAAAAAGAUCUACUGAGAGAUGUGUCAUCUGCCAAAUGAGGUACAAAAGAGGGGACCGGCAAAUAAAUUUGCCAUGCAAACAUGUAUACCAUGCUCAUUGUGGAUCGAAAUGGCUCAGAAUUAACAAGACAUGCCCAAUAUGCAACACUGAAGUAUCAAGUGAAGAAUCCAACCAAUGAAGAUUUCAAAUAUCAAAUGGCAAAAUAGAUUAACAGCUGCAAUAGUUUUCCCUUUUUAACAUACAUAGAGCUAGUUUAUUUUUGACCUUGUUGUUAUAGUUGGGUUUAGAAUUUUGUAAUGUAGAAGUUUAUAGUAGCCUUUUGUACAAGGGAAGCAAUGGAACAGGAAGCUUGAAGGAUAUAGGUCCUUGAAUGCUUAUUGAUGAUUAGCUCCAUGCUCUCUUCAACAGUUUUAUUGAUUAGCUUGAUAGCUUCAGGGGAAAUAUAUUUCUUGCUGCCG